AUGGUCGCCACUGAGCUUUCCAUGGAACGCGUUGCGGAGAUUAAGAAAGCAGUUGGUGAUUCUCUCAAGAGUAAGCCCUCCUUCCCAAGUACACUUUCUGAACUGCAUUCAGCUGACCCUAUUACCCCAGUGUCUCCAGCCGAGUACCUCGCGAAGUUGAAACAUGAAACUGGCAGUGAAGAACUCGUGGAUCAGUAUCUGAAGAAGGCAUGCAAGUUGGGCAGACAAUGGCCCCGUGUCUCAGCAGAGGAAUGGCUCAAGCAGCUUACUACAAUGGACUUUAGAGAUGUCGCUGCUAUUGGUAAACAUCACUUUGGCUUGACACUCUAUAGCGUGCGUCGAUUUGAUCUCGGCACCGAUGGCGAGGAUACCUUUGCAGUCGAAACAGAUCCUGAUGCUCUGUUUACGCUGGAAGCGACGCUCCCACCACUAACGCCCUCCGCAGACAUUGAGACUGGCGACUAUCAUAUCCACCCUGCCUUGAUCUCUCUGCAGAAGGUUGAGGUUUCCCCUUCUCCCCCUGAUCCGGAGCCUUCCAAGACCGACACAGUCACAGCUUCCGGUCGAUCACUUCCUUCUCUAGUCAUGCCUAUCGGACAGCUACAGAAGAAGUCUAAGGAAGAGGACUAUGACGACUACGAGGACGAUGACGACUACGAGGACACUGGCUAUUCCCUCGUCAUUGACGCCACCAAGAUUAACCAUCCUGUCUGGCUGAUCUAUGACCAAAACCCGUACGAUGAGAUGGGUGACCGACAAGUGGUCAACCCUGACAAGCAGCCCCUGGUCUUCAAGGAACUUGGAAAGAACUUUGAUGCUAUGAUGGUUAUUCCAAGUCUCCAAUCGUGGCUUACGAACUACGGAAAUCUCAACUUCGCUCAUAUGCUGAAGGAUAUGCGGGCAACAAACAUCACAGGACCAAUCCAGGCGAAGUGGCUUGCCCUUUCGGCGGCUGAAAAGAUUCUCAGCGAGUAG